ACUGCGACUGCUUUAUAAUCGCACUCGCCCGGCUUAUCUUAUCAAUCCUCGGGAACGAAUAAUAGAUCUCGAGAACAUCGAGUACAGCCAACAGUAAUUGAUUAGAGGGGCCUAUGGCCACUACCAAUUAAUAUGCCUCCCGCAAAACUCCUUCGGCCUGCGUCCGGCCUGCUCUCGGCCGCCAUCCGACGAAGUCAUCCUGAGCGAUGCAGUCGGCUUUGCGAAGCCGCAGCGUCACGGAGCGCACAUACAAGCGCACGUUCUCUGGGUCGCAUAGCGCGGUUGCGACCGACGACUACUCCGUCGCCCUUCGCCUCAUCCCCUGCUCCGUCUUCGAUGCCCCGCGGCGCCCGCAGCAUCUUCAUCCAGACUGACACCACACCCAACCCCGACGCGCUCAAGUUCCUACCGAAUCACCCCGUGAUACCUCCCGAGCUCGGCGUUCCCUUCAUCGAGUACCUGAAUGCGCGAAGCACGAUCGCCCCGCCGCACCCCUCGCCGUUAGCCGCACAGCUCAUGAACACGGACGGCGUGACCUCGGUGUUUUACGGCGCCGACUUCAUCACCGUCACAAAGGCGCCAGACGCCAACUGGGCACACAUCAAGCCCGAGAUCUUCAGUCUCAUCAUCGAGGCCGUCUCCUCGGGCCAACAGCUGGUCACUGCGAAAGAAGGCACAACCUCGGCAUCGGAGGAUGGAAAAGAUGGACAAGAGGUCGCCGAGCGCGAUAGUUUAGCUUACGACGAGAACGACGAUGAAGUCGUCGGCAUGAUCAAAGAACUCCUCGAGACCCGCAUACGCCCCGCCAUCCAGGAAGAUGGUGGUGAUAUUGAGUUUCGUGGGUUUCAGGACGGUUACGUCAUGUUGAAGCUUCGGGGCGCGUGCCGAACUUGCGACUCGAGCACCGUCACGUUACAGAAUGGCAUUGAGGGAAUGUUGAUGCACUAUAUUGAGGAGGUCAAGGGUGUACAGCAAGUAAUGGACCCGGAAGAGGAGAUAUCCAUCAAAGAAUUUGCAAAGUUUGAGGAGAAACUGCGCGAACAGAAGGGGCCUGAUGCAGCUCCAACAACACCAGGGAAGGGAACCCUGGAUUCAGUUCCGGGAUAGCCGGCAGUCUUAGGUGAUCAAUACUGUAUAAAUUUGAUAUAAUACCUUCUCAAUUUGUCUAGCCAGGUAUGCCUUUACCUUGUGCCCUCAGUGACUAGGAACGGGAAGCAUACUUCCUAAAGCUUGGCAAUCUUAGUUAGU